UGCCAGUCGCCACCGCCUUCCUCCGGCGUCGCUCCCGAGGCUCCGGAUGCCAGGCUCCGACUUCCUCACGCCUUGAGGUUCUGUGGGAGGCAGUGAUGGCUUCUUUGGAGUCCCCAUUUGGAACCUGGAGGCCUGCUUCUGCUGACAAGUCCUCCAGUCCCUCUGGACCUUAGUUCUCCCCCUCCCCACGUAGAAUGGGGAUAAUGACCCCUCGGGAGCUGGUGAAAACUUUGUAAACAGAGCGCGGUGAUUACAGUGGGCGAAAGCACUUUGUAAUGCCGUUCAUGGAAGCUCGGCCGCUGGAUGCAAUUACUGUUGCGAUUGUUACUGCUCCGCAGGGACUAAGUGACCGGGUCGGGAAGUCCCGCUUCCUCCUCCUCCUCCUCCUCCUCGCGGGCAUGGAGGCGUCGCGCCGCCCGCAUCAGGGACACCUCCCCGCGCCAUCUCCGGAGCCCUCGAGAUAAGAGAAGGCCCUUGCCUGCUCUCUGGCAGGAUGACUGCCCGCGCGCGGGAGAAGGCACAGGGGUCCCCGUGAGGGCGAACCGUGGGGGCUCGGCUGCCCUCCAGCCGAACACCUGCCAGCGACCAAGGCCAGGGAUUCUCUGAGCUCUUGCAUCUCCCCAUCCCCCGUGGCACUGGGGCCGGCCCAGGGAGAGACACUCAACAGCUCUCACUCCAUCUGCCCUGGAAUCCCCAUUUCCCAUCACAUCCUGCAGUUCCCACCCUUCUGUAUUUAUUUCCCUGGUCCCUGGCCAGCCCUCUGUCUCCUGGAUCGAGACCUCUCUUCCUGACAUGGAGAGUAACCUGUCUGGCCUGGUGCCUGCUGCGGGGCUGGUUCCUGCACUGCCGCCUACCGUGACUCUGGGGCUGACCGCUGCCUAUACGGCCCUGUAUGCUCUGCUCUUCUUCUCCGUGUAUGCCCAGCUGUGGCUGGUGCUUUUGUAUGGGCACAAACGUCUCAGCUAUCAGACGGUUUUCCUAGCACUCUGCCUGCUCUGGGCCGCCUUGCGGACCACCCUCUUCUCCUUCUACUUUCGAGAUACUGCCCGGGCCAACCGUCUAGGGCCCUUGCCCUUUUGGCUUCUCUACUGUUGCCCUGUCUGCUUGCAGUUCUUCACACUGACGCUUAUGAACCUCUACUUUGCCCAGGUAACCAUAGGAAUGGGUGGGAUGGUGGUGGAGGGGUGGAGCCCAAGGGCCCAAAGGAGUGAUGGGUGUCUUUGCUCCCAGGUGGUGUUCAAGGCUAAGGCUAAGGCAAAGCGGAGGCCAGAGAUGAGCCGGGGCUUGCUGGCUGUCCGAGGGGCCUUCGUGGGUGCCUCGCUGCUCUUUUUGCUGGUGAAUGUACUGUGUGCAGUGCUGUCCCGCCGGCGACGGGCGCAGCCCUGGGGCCUACUGCUGGUGCGUGUCCUGGUGAGCGACUCCCUCUUCGUUAUCUGCGCCCUCUCGCUUGCUGCCUGCCUCUGUCUUGUCGCCCGGAGGGCCCCCUCCACUAGCAUCUACCUGGAGGCCAAGGGGACCAGUGUGUGCCAGGCAGCUGCCAUGGGAAGUGCCAUGGUCCUGCUGUAUGCCAGCCGGGCCUGUUACAACCUGGCAGCUCUGGCCUUGGCCCCACGGAGCCGGCUGGAUGCUUUUGAUUAUGACUGGUACAACGUAUCUGACCAGGCGGACCUAGUAAAUGACCUGGGGAACAAAGGCUACCUGGUGUUUGGUCUCAUCCUCUUUGUGUGGGAGCUGCUACCCACCACCCUGCUGGUGGGCUUCUUCCGGGUACACCGGCCCCCACAGGACCUGAGCACCAGCCGCAUCCUCAAUGGGCAGGUUUUUGGCUCCCGAUCCUACUUCUUUGACCGGGCCGGGCACUGUGAGGAUGAGGGCUGCUCCUGGGAGCACAGCCGGAGUGAGAGCACCAGCAUGUCGGGCAGCCUAGGUUCUGGUAGCUGGUAUGGAGCCAUCGGGCGUGAGCCGGGCUGGUGUGGAGCCAGUCAGACGAGGACUACCCCUCUGCUCUUCUCCCAGGUGCCGGGACCUGGCGGCCACCACCACAGCCUCUAUUCCACCCCACAGACGUGAUCCCCCCUGUGCCCUCCCCCAGAACACCCAGACCCCAGUUGCCCUCACCCCAGGCCCCUGUGCCAAGUUCAUCUGCCGCUUCUUGCCCAGGAUCCCAGGGGCUGUGGCCACCCCCUCAUUGGCCGGCUCUUUGCCACUCC